AUGAAGAAUAUAAACUCGAUUCAAAGAAUUGAUCGGAGUGCAGGUAAACGAAACCGUGGGUUAAUCCUGGUUGAUCGUACUUUGGAGACUGCGAAGCGGCGGCGUUCAGUUAACGUCGUCUUUUGGGUUUUCAAGCUCCCUUCAGUGGAGGAAUUGGAUUUGGAAGAGCUGGUAUUCAAACAAACCAUUAUGGUUGCCAAGUCUAAGAUGGCAAUCGGGAAUGCCUCUCUUCCCUCGGUCUCUUUGGAUUCUGAUACAUUGUUCCCAAACGAACGUAGCCGGCGGCAGGAAGGGGAUACACCUACCGCUGAUCGGAACUCCGCCGUCAAUGGUUUUUGGACAAAAGAUUCUCCCAUUAGGCGGUUGAGUGUUAGGAAGAUACCUCCUAUGGAUUUGGUUUCCGAGAAUAAAGGGAUUCCAAUAACCAAGUUUCAAAUUCCGAUUUCCUGGGCGAAGUGUUCUAUCUCUAGGAGAUAUCUAUUUCCCCGAUACCGUGUGGGACUGGGAGUCCCUAUUGGUGACUUGACCCGGCUCUUAUUUAAGGAACUCGGCGCUGGAACUCAAGCUCGGAGUUUAACCUUAACCCGAGCAACAGACCAGCCACGAGCACAUCCGACCGCGGUCAUUCCCAAUAGCCCUUCCCACGCAGGUAAUUCUUCGAGCUCUUCUCUGCUUCCCCGUUCCUUUAAGCUGCUUGCUAGCCCACUGAUCAAACGUGAAAGAUUGGGUGGGUGUAGCGCAGGCAACGGUAGUGUUAGCAACAGAGGGCGUGGUACAUGCUUGUUAUUAACGUGGCCACGGCCGGUUGGAAGGGAUGAAAUGAUCUCUAACAAUAAUGAUUCUACUUUGCAGAUUCAAGCCAUGGCACACGUAGCUUCGGAUCAAGUGGUGCAAUUCUCCAUGGAGGAGGUCCAAUCGACGAAGUAUCGUGCUUCUCACUCCCUGCUUGGUCGAGUUUUCACCUCCAAUAGAAUUUCCACCACUGAAUUGAGAGAGGCUGCUCUCACGCAUUGGCUCAUCCAAGGAAGGCUUCGGGUGGUUUUGGCGAAACAUGGGCUGGUUGAGUUCAUGUUUCGGAAUGAAGAAGCUCGGCUCUGA